AUGGAGGGUGACAAUGUGGAACAAGGAGCUCCUCAUCAAACUCAUCAAGCUUUGGUUGAUCCUUUGGGUGAGAAAAUGACAAAUACGAAGGUUAGGUUGGCUUUUCAAAUAUGGGCUCAAGCUUUGGUGACUCAAGCCAAUAGAGAAGUUGUAGCUCCGGUGCUUCAAGAAUUGUCGUACCGCCAUGGUGGUGAAAGAUUGUCUAAGUAUGCUCCAUCUAUGGUUUCGGAUGCUUGGGCUAGGAUGAAUAAGUUUGUGACAGGUAUAUCCAAUACGGUGGUGAAAGAUUGUCGCACCGCCAUGCUCAUUGGUGACAUGGACUUCUCUUAUCUCAUGGUCUAUGCACAACAAAUUGAGGAUGAGAAACUAAAGGAGAAGUCUAGGGAGAAAUAUGAUGGUAAAUGCCUAGCCGGCACCGAUGGAUGCUUCAGUUAUGGGAAGAGUGGACACAAAAUGAGAGAUUGUCCAACAAUUUCGGUUAAAGAAAGAGAAGGCAAGCAAGCUCCUCUUAGCGGUUCAAACUCCAAUGCUCCAAAGAAAAACCGCUUCUAUGUUCUUCAAACCCGAGGUGUCCAAGAGAGUUCCCUGGAUGUAGUGACCGGUAUGUUAGAAGUCUUUCUUCUUGAUGUGUAUGCCUUGUUAGAUCCCGGUGCUACUUUAUCUUUUGUGUCGCCCUAUGUGUCAAAGAGGUUUGAUGUUCCUCUGGAAGUGUUAUUAUAA